AUGAGUCCAGGCUCGUUUCUCGAUAUUGCGUCCGAGAAUCUUUGUAUUCUGAACAAGUCCGUCGCAAGCUUUGGGAAAUUAUUACGAAAUGAUCUCAUGUUAUACGCUGGUUUAGCAGCUAAGACUGAUCUUUUUCAAGAUGCUGAAGUAGCUGUUAAAAAAGCACUUCAGCCUAGUUUUCGACAAUUUGCAGCAACGUCGGAAUUUGCAGCCUUAGUUGCAAGUUCUCGACUUACUUAUGCCGCUUUGGACGAGUCCGAUACAAGUUUUGAAGAAACAGAGAUGAUGCAGCAACACGUGGAAGAAGAAGAUUCUCCUGGAUCCUUGUCGCAGGAGAUUUUGACGUCACCGGUAUCGUUGAUCACUAGCACAUCAAUGCAAGACUCUCGUGUCCGAAGACAACGCACAGCGACAACAUUCUUGACAUUGGAACGAGUGCUUAGUAAUCGAAGACUAUGUAGUGUCUUUUGGGUCUUUCUGUUUAAGGAGCGAACGCAUCAGCAAUUGAGUUUGUGGAUGGAUUUCCGAUAUCAACUGCUGCCACUUUUGGAAGACCUUAUCUAUACAGCUCAGGCGGGUUCAGAGGAAGAGGAAGACGGAGAUCAACAGGACAAGGAACAACAGAAAGAUGCUAACGCAAAACAAGCUGAAGAGCUCAUUGAGCAGCUUUUAACAGGAGGCAGUCGCAUUGCAGCCAAGUACCUGACUGCGAGUGCGAGUACGCGCGUCACUUUUGUCGGUGAGAUGGAGCAGGAUCUACUACGUGGCUAUGAGUUGCGUGUGGCGCACUGUCUAGCAACUGGUAGCUUUUCGCUGGCUGACGCUGUAGUGCUACAACGAACGGUAGAGCGUAUUCUAGCCGUCAUUGAAGCGGAUCUUAAGGUCAACCAUUUCGUGCGCUUUAUGGAUAGCGAAUCGUUCAAGUCGUUGGUAGCAUCUUAUCAGAGUCGUUUGCUCAGUCCGUCCGGAUCCACAAAUGUUGUUACAUCUGCGGCAUGCGAUGGCUCAAGCACAGCUUCUGACAGCAGCAUGACGACGCUGCAAGAGUUGUUUCAGUGCAUGAAUGUUGCGUCACAUCAACCCCAGCGAGUACGAAGUACAUCAUUUACGUUGCGAGACCUCUAUCAAUGCCAACGUCGUGGCGACUCACAGAGCAAAUCACUUAUCAGCUCUGUGAUGAGCUUUCGACUUGACGUAAACGACCGGUCCCACCCCGAGAUUAUCAAGGAGGUGCUACAUACGCUUGCAGACCCCAACAACCAUAGUGAGCACAGCAGUGAUUUGUACCACCAUCACGCAAUUCCGGACCAUAUUGAAGCUUUCUUUCGACCAUCAGGGACUGACGUCGUCCACUCCACGACCCGGCCGGAGCCCUCACUUUUCCAUAUGACGAUUGGAAACACUGACAAGGCGUUUUACGGUGCCUGUCUCACACGAUACGUGCCACUUAAUGACAUGACCAAGUUAGGGCCGUUGGAGCAAGUGUUGCAGGAGACUGAGGGCCUUGAAGUAUACGUUCCUGUAGGAAUUUGCAUCAUUAGCCGGUAUCCAAUUCUUGACACGCUCAAGCAGCGUCUGGACUUGCUGCACACUACAAUGCAAAACGACGAAGCGUAUCUCUUUGAUGUAAACUGGUUGCCUUCUGCAGCACAAAUGGCUGAUUUGCUUUGCCCAUUUGACUUUGGUGCUGUAACACCCUCCUCAGACGACACAAGAUCCCUCUCGGCACUGGACAGCCAUGUUGAUUUCAGCAUGGAGGAGCUGUUUAGCUGUUUAUCAGUCGAGCACGUGGUUGCUUUGGUCACUUGCAUGCUUCUUGAGCGACAAAUUGUGCUUGUGAGCUCGCAUUAUUCGGUGCUUACAUCAGUUGGCGAGACGUUAAAGAGUUUGAUUGCCCCGCUGGAGUGGAGUCACGUGUUUGCACCCAUUCUUCCAAAGAGUAUGCUUGAAUGCUUACAGUGUCCUACACCGUAUCUGUUUGGCGUAAAUGCAAGUUACCGUGCGGAGUUGCGUGAGAUGCUUGAGAGAGAAGGCUGUGGUGAUGGUAUUAUCGUGGUGGACCUAGACGCGGAUACAAUUAGCUCUCCGGUGCGACCACAGCUUCCCGAGCCUGUCCGUGGUCCCCUCACCUCACGGCUUCUCCAAUUGCUCAAGCCAAAAGUUUACUUCAGCGACUUUGUCCCCAUGCUCAGCAGCAAGCCUGAUGCUUUGAUCGCGCAAAGGUUUCCACAAGGUCAUGUGCGCAUGUGUUUUCGGGAGGCAAUGGCAGCUCUGCUACGCACAGUAGAAGAGUAUCGAUUCGUACUGUCCGACGAUUUCGAUUACGUGGUGGUAUUUGAUCGAAUUGCAUUCCUCCGGCACCUUUCGCCUUGUGAGCAACCUUUCUACCGCAGCUUUCUGGAGACACAAGUCUUUUCUCAUGAGAUUGCGUCAGUUAAUAUUUAA